AUGAUGUUGGACCAAUUCAGUGAUUCAUUGGAUUAUCAUAACAACAAUAACAAAUCCAUAACUUUCAAGACCCAGCAAGGUUCAACCAAUGACCAAAGCAACAAUGACCUUAUUUUGACUACAGACUUACUGAAUCUUGUCAUAUAUUUGACAGAUCCUAACAAUAUCAACUAUCAGUUCGUCACUAACCUAUUAAUCACUCACAGAAUAUUUAUCGAAUCUCUGGACCUUCUAGAAGUAUUACUUGACAGAUUACAGCAAUGCUUUGAGUAUGUUUUAUUCGACACCAAUAAAUUAGAACAACAAUUAUCUAAACCAGAGCAGGAUGAGGAUAAUAAUAAUGAUGGUCAAUUGGAGGUCCGUUUCAACACCAUCAAGAAAAUUCUCUUGAGAACAUUUGUCAUCAUAAGAAACUGGUUAUUGAAUCACUUUAUUGAUGAUUGGGUGGAAAAUGACAGUUUAAGCUCCAUGUUUGUUAAUUAUUUGAAUGCAUUGUCAUUAAAAUUUGAGAAUUAUGAGAAAUAUAACAUGAUCAAUGUUUUUUUCAUUAAAAUUAUUGUUGAAUUGAAGAAAGCUUGGAUCAACAUUUGUGAAAAAUAUUGGAAUACAAAAAGCUUGUCGCAAUCAUUAAUUGAUCAUGGAUUCAAAUCUUUCGGAGGGUGGGAUAAAUCAGUCAUCAAAUUUAUUAUUAGUUAUAAACUUGAGUACAGCAAGCGAAACUUAAAUAUGCCUACCUCAGAGUUAUACAAAGAAAUGAAUCCGACAUUUAGAAAUGACUCAAUUUUGGCAUCCAAUGACAUUAUCUCUAACACGAAUAUUCUUGAAGAUCAUCAAUCAACCACGCGUCAUCCUGAGCCAUCUAACAAGAAAACACUCAAAAAAAAGAAAUCUAUUGGUAAUUUGUUGAAAAAUUUGCCAUUGAUCCAAGGAUCUAAUUCUCUAGCAUCAUUGAAGUUCAACUCAUCCCAAAAAGAGUUCGAAAAAGAAAUUGAAAUGUUUGCAUCAAAGGCUGAUAAUCAACUUGACCAUGCCAACCUAUUUAAGAAAUCUGAAACCUUUGGGACCACUGAAAAAAAUCAUAAUGCCAAUGAAGACGAUGUCAGCUUAAUGGAGAAAGGAAUUAAAUACAAUUUUACCAUGAUCUCCCCAAAUUCCGAAAUUAGGUUACUUGAUUUUAACCGGUAUCCGGAAAAUGAACAAGGGCAGAUGAAAGAUCUACUGAUCGAAUGUUAUCAGAAAUCUGAUGUUGUUUUGAAAGAAACCGUAAAAUCAGAACCUAUCAAUGAACCUCCGCUUGUCACAAAAAAAUUGAAGACAAAACAGGUGCCGCUCAAACAACUUGUGAGGAAGUGGAAAAGACCUUUUCGCAAACCGAAGUUGGAAACAAGGAUACCAGACCUCGAAGUUUCACAAAUUGUUGAGAAUUUGCUCCCUGAAGAUGAUAUUGUUGAAAAAGUUGAUAUGUUAGCAGUAUAUUUUAUUGAUGAAUUAGAUUUCUUAACUAAUAAAGAACGCAAUGAGCUGUCUUCAAUAAAUAAAGAGGACUCAGAAGAUCAUGAAGCAUCUUUUUUCUCUAAUCUUGGUCUAUUCGAUUCAAUGAACGAUACUCUGGCCAAUUCAGAAGGUGAUGAUGAUGAUGAUGAUGAUGAUGAUAACGACGAUGAUGACUGGGAAGAUGAAACUGAUGAUGGAACAACGUCAGAAUGUGAUAUGGGCCAGCGAAGUAGCAAUUCUUUUCUUUCUGCUGCUAAGGUGGACUGGAAUAAUGACUCACUAGAAUACCAAGAGUCUAAUUCCAGUGGUGACUAUGAACAUACAAACAUUCUUGAUGUCACUCCUUCGAUGAUCAUUGAUAACGUAACCAUGGAAGUGAUUGAUAGAAGAUUUUCUGGAAGCAUCAGUGAUGUCAAUAGACUCUCUAGAUCAAGCUUGAUAUCCAAGAAAUCUUACUUGACUUAUGACUCGAAGCUUUCUAGAAGCUCAUCAAUUAUGGUUGACAGAAGUAACCACCAGCAAUUAAAACACUUGACAUCCCGUGUAUUGGAAAAAGUGAGAAGUUUUGAAAAACUUGGCGUUGAAAAACAUUCGAAUAUUCAAACCACCAUUGCUCCUAAUAAAUCGUGCGGCAAUUUGACAAUUGAUGUAAUAACCGAAGAAUUUGACCAAAAUGAAAAGCCUGAAACCAGCUUGAUCAAACCAAAGAUCGAUUUUUUCCAAAAAGUGUCGCACAAUGAUUCUGCCAUUACCGUGAAUAGCAGUAAAGGAGGGAAAAGUCAUGUAACCAGUACCAACGUCACCUCGAUGCGUCAAAACUCCAUGAUGCAAAGCUCGAUAUUUUCCGACGUUAGUACCGUUAAUACCAUAAUUUCAAAUCAUGAAGACGAUCUUAUCUACCACAAUGUUUUAAGAAGUAAAAAUGGUCAUCACAACAUCAGGGAGCUUAUGAAUGAUGGGAAUGAAUGUAAUGACACCAUGAUGGUGUCCAAACAUGUGAGAUCUCCAACCUUGGAGACCCAAGAUUCUGAAGCUUUGAUAAGAAACGUAAUGGAGAUGGACAGUUUCCAUAUCGCUGAUAGUAGUGGUGCUGCUGAUAUUACUGAUAGUGAUAAAAAAGUUAUUAUAGAUAUCGACUGUUCUCCUUUACGAACCCCAAACUUGACCAACAAUGAUAAUUCCACCAUUUUGGCUGGGAGUACGAAGAGAGACAACAAAUCAGAAAUCAGCAUGUUAUCAGUGGCAUCGUAUCUUUUGCCAGGCAUGGACAACGAGGUCAUGCAAGCUUUGGCGGCGAUUCCUGAUAUUUCAUUCCAUGGGCAGGAUCCUAUAAGUGCUGCCUUAUCCCGACUCGAGGGGAAAAAUGAUAAUGAUAGUGAGGAACUACGAAGAAAAUUGCCCAAUCAUGGCAAAGUUCCGGAAAGUUCAGGAAACUGGGGAAUCCUUCAAACUAAAAAAGGGGAAAUGUAUACUAACCAAGAAUCAGACGUUUCCGAAACGAAAGAAAAGACUAUUGAGGAACAGGUUGAUGAUCUACACAUUAAUGAAUUAGCAGAUCAUGAUGCCAAUGGAGAGAUUGCUCAAUUUCAUUCUAAUUUCUUUCAACCGUUCACUCCAAUGGAAAAUAUCUUUGAUAAUACUCCUGAUGCCAUGAAAAACAUUGUUUUGAACAAUGGGGCGGAAUUGUAUAAGAAGUACCAGAAAUCCAAAAAUUUGCAAACGAUUGAAGAAUUGAUGACUGGGGCAGCGCAUAUUCCAUUUAUUUUACAAUUUGAUUCGUACGAACUUGCGGAAAUUCUCACGAUGAUUGAGCGGGAUGUACUACUAGAGAUUGAUUGGAAAGAAUUGGUAGAAUUGCAAAAUAAGGAGACGCCGCAAAAUUUUUCGUCGUGGUUACAAGUGAUUGUCGGCCAACAUAAUUUAACUGGGGUAGAUUUGGCAUUAUCAAGAUUCAAUUUGGUGGUCCAAUGGGUGGUUUCGGAAAUUAUCUUGACAAACGUGAUGAAGUAUCGGGUGGCGAGUAUUGCCAAAUUCAUCGACAUUGCCACGAAAUGUUUGAACAUGCAGAAUUAUUCGACGAUGAUGCAAAUAAUUUUGGCGUUGACUUCGGAAAAAAUCGGGAAUUUACCAAACACUUGGGAUCAAUUGGAUGAUAAUUCCAAACAGCAAUUUAUGAUUUUGGAGCAAUUUGCCAACCCCAUGGACAAUUUCAUGAAAAUUAGGGAGCUAAACGGGAUGGCGGUGAACGGUCGUGGGAUGGUGCCAUUCAUUGGAUUAUAUCUUUAUGAUCUUCAAAUCACGUUGUCGCAACCAAGUUAUGUUGGACAAGAUCAUUCUUUGAUUCAUUGGAAGAAAUUCAAUGAUGUGUCGCGUAUUGUUAUUGAUUUGGUCGGUAAGAUCCAAUAUUCAAAACUUUAUAACCGAGAUGUCAAGGGGAUGAAUCAAGAAUUAUUAUCGAAAUGUUUGUACAUCAAGUCAUUAGAUGAACAGGAAAUGGAUUUAUGUGUUUCAAAGAUGGUUAAUCCUUAA